AUGGAAAAUCCCCAAGAAGAACACUGGGUUGCAGUUAAGCGUAUCUUUCGCUACCUACAAGGCACCAAGACGCAUGGAAUUUGCUACAAGCCAAGUGCAAGGAUCGACUUCCGUGGAUAUUCGGAUGCGGAUUGUGCUGGUGAUCUUACCGACCGCAAGUCAACAUCGGGGUACACGUUCAUGCUACUCGGUGCGCCAGUCAGUUGGGGCAGCAAGAAGCAGCCAAGUGUUUCGUUGUCCACGAGUGAAGCCGAAUACAUCGCACUCAGCUUGGCGAUUCAAGAGGGCAAGUGGAUUCAUCGCCUGCUUUGUGAGAUUGUGAUGGCUGCCAAUGAAGAAGGACCGGAACUCAUGAUUCAUGAAGACAAUCAGUCAUGUAUCAAGAUGACGAAGUACCCAGUCAACCGCGGCCGUGCCAAGCACAUUGAUAUCAAGUACCAUCACAUCCGUGAUGAGGUUAAGCGCGGUGAAGUGAAGCUCAAGUACUGUGAAACUGCGGUGAUGUUAGCAGACAUCAUGACGAAAGGACUUUAUGGACCACGCCACAAGGAGAUGAUGUAA